AUGUCUGCGACGGUCACAGCCACAGUUACUCCACCCACGGCUACCGCCGUGCCUGCUCCAUCCACCAUCGACGAGCUCAUCCGAGCGCAGGCCUCUCGCCCCGAUGAUCCAGUGCUCGUGGCAUACCCCAAUACGGACGUUGAUGACUUUGAGGAGUAUACAGCCAAACGUCUCGACAGGUAUGCAGAUGCGGCAGCUGCGAAAUACAGGAGCCUGGGCCUGGAACCAGCGGACCCGAAAUCCGCCAGUGAUGCCCCAGUGGUCGCACUCCUGGCGCCAUCAAGCUUCGACGUCAUCAUCACCAUCCUCGCCGUCAGUCGUCUCGGCUGGGCCCUCCUAUUCCUCUCUCCGCGUCUGACCCCAGCCGCCCACGCGCGCCUCCUCGCCAUGUCAAACUGCAGCACCAUGAUCACAGCCCCGGAAUACCAGCACACUGUGCCCGAGAUCCGCGCCGAGCUCCCGGCCGCCAUCGCCUCGGCCACCCCAACAUCUACGCAGCAGCAGCAACAGCAGCAGCCCUUCACGUCCAUCCGCCCCAUCACCGGCGGCGACUACCGCACUCCACCAUCUUCUCCUGCCACCACCACCAUCCACCCCGCCGCCCCCACCCCCUCCUCAACCGCCGCCGGCGCCGGCGGCGGCACCCACGACCCCGCGCUCAAAACCGGGUGGAUAAUCCACUCCAGCGGCAGCACCGGCUUCCCGAAGCCGAUCGCGCUCACGCACCGAGCGCUGCUCGCCAACUUCAGCAAAGGGCUCGGCCUGCGCGCCUUUUGCGCGUCGCCGCUGUUCCACUCGCACGGGCUGAUGGAGCUGUUCCGGUGCGUGCACCGGGGCGCGGCCAUGUACUUCGCGAACCACGCGCGGGCGGCGACGUGCGCGAACCUGGUGCGGGCGAUGCGCGCCGCGGAGCCGGCGCUGGUGACGGCGGUGCCGUACGUGCUGGGACUGCUGGCGGAGCGGGAGGAGGGCGUCGAGGCGCUGAUGCUCGCGGAGGUGGUCAUGUUUGCGGGGAGCGCGUGUCCGCGGGAGGUGGGCGACGCGUUGGUCGCGAGGGGGGUGCGGCUGGUCGCGAAUUAUGGGUCCUCCGAAACCGGCGCCAUAAUGUCGUCCCUCCGCCCCUUCGCCACCGACAAGGCAUGGUCCUACCUCCGCCUGCCACCCCACAUCUCUCCACACGUCCACAUGGACGAAAUCUCGCCCGGCGUCUACGAAUGCGUAGCGCUCGCAUCGCUGCCCUCGCGCGGGCCGACCAACAGCGACGACCCGGCGCCGGGCUCGUACCGCACGCGCGACCUCUUCACGCGGCACCCGACCGAGCCCGCGUGGUGGCGCUACCUCACGCGGCUCGACGACCGGCUGGCGCUGACGAACGGCGAGAAGGUGCUGCCGCUGCCGAUGGAGGGGCGCGUGCGGCGGAAUAAGCUGGUGGGGGAGUGCGUCGUGUUUGGGGCGGGGAGGGCGGUGCCGGGGUUGUUGGUGUUUAGGGGGGCGGAGGAGGGGGAGGCGGGGGCGAUGGGGGCGGAGGAGUUUGUGGAGGCGGUUUGGGGGGAUGUGUGCGAGGCGAAUGAGGGGGCCGAGUCGUUUGCUAGGGUGCCGAGGGAGCUGGUGGUGGUGAUGGAGAGGGGGACGGAGUGGCCGAGGACGGAUAAGGGGACGGCGGUGAGGCAGAGGGUGUAUGAUGAGUUUGCGGAUGUUAUUGACGCGGCGUAUGCGAGGUUUGAGCAGAGUGGGAGAGAGGGGGAGGAGGACGCUGGGCCGCGGCUCGGUUUGGGGGUGGAUGAGUUGGAGGAGUGGUUGAUGGAGAAGUUCGAUGUUGAGCUUGGGGCGCGGUUGCAGAGUGCUGAGGCGGACAUCUUUGCUGCUGGUGUGGACAGCCUGCAGACGAUGCGCAUGUGGAGUUUGAUCAGGAAGACUAUCGAUCUGGGCGCGAGACGCGACGAGUUGAGCCAGAACGUCGUGUACGAGAAAGGCAACGUAAAGACGUUGGCGAGACACCUUUACGGUCUCCGAACGGGAGAACUCCUGGAGCAGAGCGACGAGGACGAGCUCCUGGCCAUGCAACAGCUCGUGCAAGAGUUCUCAGCAUUCACCCCACACGUCCCCGGCGACGCCCCCACACCCGACGGCGACGUCGUGCUCCUCACCGGCGCCACCGGCGGCCUAGGCGCGCACAUCCUCUCCCUCCUCCUCUCCCGACCCUCGACCACGCACGUCUACGCCCUCGCCCGCGCGCCCUCCGCCUCCACCGCCCACUCCCGCAUCCUCGCCUCCCUCUCAUCCCGCGGCCUCCCAACCCCUUCCCCCCUCCUCUCCUCCAAGCUCACCGCCGUCCCCACCACCGACCUCAACCUCCCCACAGAGCUCCUCCCCGCCCUCCACGCGCGCCUCACCUGCGUCAUCCACGCCGCGUGGCCCGUCAACUUCACGCUGCCCGUCCGCGCCUUCCGGCCGCACCUGCAGGCCCUGCACGGCCUGAUCGACGGGCUGUGCCUGCGCGUGCGCACGCCGCGCCCGGCCGCCUUUUUCUUCGCGAGCAGCGUGGCGUCGACGGGGGGUCUGGCAGAAGCAGCAGCAGCAGCAGCAGCCGGUAGCACCACCGCUACCACCGCCGACGCCAUCAACGACGACGACGACGAGGCCGACGUCGUGCUCGUCCCCGAAGCGGUGCCGCGCCCCCUCACCGCGGCGCAGAAGAUGGGAUACGGCCGGAGCAAGCUGGUGGGCGAGAAGAUUGUCGAGGCGGCGGCGGCGGCGCAGACGGGGAUGAGGGCGGGCGUGUUGCGGAUAGGGCAGCUGGUGGGGGACCUGCACGGGGUGGGGGAGUGGAAUGGGACGGAGGCGAUUCCGCUGCUGGUGCGGGGGGCGUCGAGGACGGGGGUGUUGCCGGGGCUUGAUGAGAACGCAUCUUGGCUCCCGAUUGAUGUUGCGGCGGCUUCGAUCUUGGAUAUUGCGCUGCCGGAAUGUCGGCAGAAGAGGAGCGGUGUGCAAGACGUCGUCGAUGACGAUACGGCGAUGGUGUACCACAUCCUCAACCCGCAGACGUUCCACUGGACGAGGGACUUCAUUCCUGCUUUGCAACGCACGGGGUUGCUUCCGCCGUUCGAUGUCGUGUCGCCUGAGGCGUGGCUCGCGAAACUGCGCGACAGCGAUCCGGACGUGAGCGAGAAUCCGAGUCGGAAAUUGUUGGGCUUCUGGGAGGCCAAGUAUGGGCAACAGGCGGCGGGCAAGAAGAAGUUGAAGUAUCAAGUUGAGAGGACGCUUGAAAAAGCGCCAAGACUCGGAGAAGUGUGUAUGGCGGAUAUCCUGAGGGAGGACCGGUGGCUAGAGAGAGUUGUGCGGAGGUGGCUGAGUUCCUGGUAA